AGCAAAGGAGAUAUACUUGCAUUUAGUUCGAGUUAAAAAAACAAUGCAAACUCGGUCAACCAUUUAAAAAACACAAUGGCUGCCAAACAUAAACAAACUGUGAUUGAUCAGCUAGAUAUAACUGAAGUAGAAGCCCAGCAUCAAUCAGAUGAUAUCAGUAGGUCUCCGCGAGACAAAGCAAGAAGGAAAAAGAUAUUUGAUGCAUGUUUUAUCAAUAAAAGUUCCAGACCGUUACAAAGAAUGUAUUCGUCCGACUUUCAGACUACCUUAGAUACAUUUGCAAAUGAUGAUGCUUUUGAAUACAAUAACUUAACAACUAGAGAAGAAAGCACUCUGUUUAAUUUCCCCCAAAAACCUAUCGAACAAGAUGCGCUACGUCAGGAGGAAGUUGAGAUAGAAAAACGCGUUAACAAAAAAAGAAAGGAGACAUUAGGAGACUGGAUAAGUCAAACAUCUGAGAAAAAGCAAUGUGAGGAUAUAGAUGAACUGGCUACAGAGUUAGACAGAAAGCAAACACCAUUCUUUCAAAGAGUUAAUGUAGGUGAACAGAGUGCUGCUGGGGUACCAGUUGAGGAGCUUAACCAAGCGGCACAACUUCUAUGUGAAGCAUUAUACAUCCGGGCUAAGUAUAUGGCACUAAGCUUACAAAGUUUUAAUCCUAUCACAGCACAAUCCUUGGAAACAGUUAACGAAGAAUAUAAAUUAAAGAAUUUUUACAACAGACUUUCUGAAGACCAUUUAGAUUCACCUAGAGAAAAACUGAGACACUACUCAUCCUUACUAUACGCAAAAAAGACUCGACUUGUUUGUACAGAAAACACAACUAACACAAUACCACUGACCAAUACUAAUCGACACCGUUUAUAUGGUACAGCACAUGCGUACAUUGCUAACCAUGUUUGUGAAGCCAUGUGUGUUCUUCAUGAGAAUGAACAUUUAUUGCCAGAUGGCACUGUUUGGCGCCCUUUUGAAUGUGAAGUCCCUGGUGACAGUGGCUAUAUGUUUGAGCUUGUUGAUGGAGUGUUCCAAGUAACUGGCUGCAAAAGAGAGGUUAAUGGUGAACUAAAUACAAAUACCAAAACUGAAACAGUUGUUCAUCCAUAUCCAUGUAUUGAAGAAUUUAUGGAAGAUCAGAAGGUUUUGUUGGCAUUGUCAACUCAUGGACCAGUGAAGUCGUUUACAUUUCGACGAUUGCAAUAUUUACAGUCCAAAUUUCAGUUGCAUUGUCUACUAAAUGAAAACAAAGAACUUGCAGCACAAAAAGAAAUUCCUCAUCGUGAUUUCUACAAUGUUCGAAAAGUUGACACUCAUAUACAUGCAUCAUCUGCUAUGAACCAGAAACAUCUUCUUCGAUUUAUAAAAAAGAAAGUGAAAGCUCAUGGAGAUGAUGUUGUGGAUAUGGUGGACGGGAAACCUGUCACACUUUCAGACAUGUUCAAAGAAUUAAAUUUGAAUCCGUAUGAUUUAAGUGUGGACAAAUUAGACAUGCACGCAGAUCACAAUACAUUUCACAGAUUUGAUAAGUUUAAUGCAAAAUAUAAUCCAAUCGGUAAAAGCAAACUACGUGAUAUUUUCAUGAAAACUGAUAACUAUAUGGGAGGACGAUAUUUUGCUGAGAUGAUCAAGGAAGUGAUGUCAGAUUUGGAGGAAAGUAAAUACCAGAGUGCUGAGCUAAGAAUCUCCAUAUAUGGCAGAAAGAUGGAUGAGUGGGAUAAACUUGCUAAAUGGGCUGUGGAUCAUGAUGUUUCGUCAUAUAAUGUGCGAUGGUUGAUCCAAAUACCCAGGCUGUAUGAUGUGUACUAUACAAACAACCAAAUUGAAAACUUUGAACAGGUGAUAGAUAAUAUAUUUCGUCCACUGUUUGAAGUGUCAGUGAAUCCGUCGUCGCAUCCGCAUUUACAUCGUUUCUUGAGACAGGUCAUAGGCUUCGAUAGUGUUGAUGAUGAGAGCAAGGCCGAGCUGUUUUCGUUUACGAAGCAUUCUCCAUUACCUAAAGAUUGGAACAACGAACACAAUCCACCCUACGCGUAUUAUCUUUAUUACAUGUACUCAAAUUUAGUUGUGUUGAACCAUUUGCGAAGGGAGAGAGGAUUAAAUAUUUUCACACUGCGUCCUCAUUGUGGUGAAGCUGGACCUGUGAAUCAUCUGGUCACGUCCUUCAUGCUGGGUGAAAAUAUAUCUCAUGGGUUGUUACUUAGAAAGGUUCCCGCCCUGCAGUAUUUGUAUUUCUUGGCGCAAAUAGGUGUCGCUAUGUCACCGCUAAGCAACAAUAGCUUAUUUUUAAACUACCAUCGAAACCCGUUACCAGACUUCUUGGCACGCGGGUUGUUGAUCUCCUUAUCCACAGAUGAUCCAUUGCAAUUUCACUUCACAAAGGAACCUUUGAUGGAAGAAUACAGUAUCGCUGCGCAAGUGUGGAAACUCUCGCCCACUGAUAUGUGCGAGUUGACGAGAAAUAGCGUGUAUAUGUGUGGUUUUGAACAUAAGGUGAAACAACAUUGGCUUGGUGAUAACUACAUGGUUGGUGGGCAUGAUGGAAAUGACAUCACGAAAACCAACGUUCCAGACAUCCGGGCUUCGUACCGUUACGAAACACUGGUAGACGAGUUACACAUUCUUUCUUUAGCUGCUAAAGAUGCUUUAAAUACGAACUCUGGAACGAAGUCGAAACGUUGAUGUCACAACGCUUUUGAAAUUUUGGAUCACGUGAUCACGUCUGAAGUACGUGGUUUUUCUAUUUGCAAAGUAUUUUAAUGUAUAUACAGUUUUUCUUAUUAUCAAAGUUUAAUUUUUUGGCUGAAAUAUUGAUAGCAUAGGAUUUUUAUUUUAAAUAUACCAUGGAAAUAUAAACUUAUUAUUAAAUAUACUAAUUUUGACAUAAUAUAUACAAUAUGUAGUCAAAAAUGAAUCUAUAUAAAAGUAAUAAAUAAACAUAUAUGUAAAUUUUAAGAUAAAAGCAUUUUUUUGUUCUCAUUUUUUAUUUACUGAAUGUUACUUUCUUCUUUCUCCAUGGAAAGAAUGAUGUUCAGAUGGUCUACAUGAUGAAAAUUGACAUUUCUGUCAGAUUGAGUCAACUCACUGUUUCUGAUUGGUUUAAAAUUAAUUAUUCCCGCUAAACGGUAAUAAAGAUUUUUUUUGUUCAGCGGACAUUCUGGUAAACAGCGAAUCACAUUCGAGAACUCCUUUCGGACGACCAGAAAAAUCUGACAGCUGUGCACAAACGAAUAUUAUCGUGAGAGAGAAAUCCGUCCAGUUUCCCUUCAGAUGUUAGUUAACUUUAUGGAGAAAUAAAUUUAUUAUGCAGUAUUAAAUAUCUUUUAUUGUUUUUUAUGUAUACAUUAUUUCAGAAUAUUUGCUCAUGUAGUUA